AUGUCUCUAGACGUGGAUGCCAUCAUUGACAAACUUCUGGCAGUCCGCAUGUCAAAGCCGGGAAAACAAGUCAAUUUAGCCGAGAAUGACGUCAAAAACCUUGCACUGCGAAGCCGGGAGGUUCUUCUGGCGCAGCCCGCCCUUUUGGAGCUUGAGGCCCCUAUUAAAAUAUGUGGGGACAUUCACGGGCAAUACUACGACCUCCUCCGUCUAUUUGACAACGGCGGCUUUCCACCUUCAGCCAAUUACCUCUUCCUUGGCGACUACGUAGACCGCGGCAAACAAGGUCUGGAAACCAUCUGCCUCGUACUCGCAUUUAAGGUCAAGUUCCCGGAGAACUUUUUUGUGCUCCGCGGUAAUCAUGAGUGUGCAAGCAUUAAUCGCAUCUAUGGCUUUUUUGACGAAUGCAAACGGCGCUACAACAUCCGUCUCUGGAAAGCCUUUACAGACACGUUUAAUUGCCUUCCUGUUGCCUGCAUCAUUGACGACAAAAUAUUUUGCUGUCACGGCGGUCUUUCUCCAGAGCUGCAAACCAUGGACCAGAUCAAGAGGAUUGCACGACCUUGCGAUGUCACGGACGCGGGUCUCAUCUGUGACUUGCUGUGGUCCGACCCUGAGGAGGGCCUUUCUGGCUGGGGUGAGAAUGACCGCGGCGUCUCCUAUACAUUUGGUCAAGAUAUCGUAGAGAAGUUUCUUCGGAAGCAUGAGUUUGACCUUAUCGUCCGUGCACAUCAAGUAGUGGAGGAUGGCUAUCAAUUCUUCGCGAAACGGCAACUCAUAACUAUUUUUUCCGCCCCCAACUAUUGUAAUGAAUUUGAUAACAGUGGUGCGGUCAUGUCGGUGGACGCGGACCUUCUAUGCUCAUUUCAGAUUCUCAAGCCUUCUGUGAAGAAACCCAAGUUCUAUCAAUAG